CUUCCCUCUUUUAACACAAAAUCUAUAACUAAAAUGGCUCCUCCAGCAGAUAUCCGCAGAAAGCUUGUUAUCGUCGGUGACGGUGCUUGUGGUAAGACUUGUUUGUUGAUUGUGUUCUCCAAGGGUACCUUCCCAGAAGUCUAUGUCCCUACCGUUUUCGAAAACUACGUUUCCACCGUUGAAGUUGAUGGCAGAAGAGUCGAGUUGGCGUUGUGGGAUACUGCCGGCCAGGAAGACUACGAUAGAUUGCGUCCGUUAUCCUACCCAGACUCCAACGUCAUCUUGAUCUGUUUCUCGAUCGACCUCCCAGACUCCUUGGAGAACGUUAAGGAGAAGUGGAUCUCCGAAGUCCAGCACUUCUGUCAGGGUGUUCCUAUCAUCUUGGUUGGUUGCAAGGCCGACUUGAGACAAGACCCAGCUACGAACGAGAGAUUGAGACAGUUAGGCGCCUCCCCGGUUGCCUCCUCCGAAGGCCAGGCGGUCGCCGAGCAGAUCGGGGCCAUGCACUACUUGGAAUGUUCUGCUAGAACCAAGCAGGGUGUUGUUGAGGUGUUUAACACCGCUACCCGUGCCUCGUUGAAGCCGGCCUCUUCCAACAAGUCCACCAAGAAGAAGAAGAAGUGCACUAUUUUGUAAGCACGCUGAACCUCCCUUAAUCAUGUUAACCAUAUCAUUCGAGCCCCGAAACUCACUCUCGUGGUACUCUACACUUUCAGUUUCUCUGGGACUGGGAAGAUUGCUGGUGAAAACGGCACCUUGCAUGAAACAGGUCGACGCGUAUAGCUUAGCCCGCGUUGCCUUAUUGCGUGUUCUCUGGCUAUUUUCGCUUUCUCUCU